CAGAUGUUCUCUAUCGCUGAGGUGUAAACCACACAAAGGGAGAGUUUCUUCGACUGAUCGGCGCAUUUAUUACCUUCGUUAUGACCCAUUUAGCGUCCGUAUGCUUGUUACUUGCUGUAGCGCUGUCUUCAACAUUUUGUGCUGAAUCCCGACGUUUAAGGCUUUUACCAAGCGAAGAUGAUAAACCAAAGAAGGGUGAAGAGGAUUUUAUCAAUUUACCGACGUGUGGUAAGUCCACGGUAGGAGGAAGCCGGGUGGUUGCUGGCACGGACGCUUCGUUAGGCGAAUGGCCCUGGCAAGCAAAGAUUCUAACCGAAGGCACCUUCACUUGUGGCGGCUCGCUCAUCACACCAUCGUGGGUUAUGACUGCUGCGCAUUGCAUCUUUAAAAAAGAUCCUAGUUUGUACAGAGUGACGCUCGGUGACCUACACAGAGAGAAGCCAGAAGGUAGCGAGCAGGAGUUCCGCGUGAAAAAAGUAGUGGUUCAUCCCAAAUACAAUUGGCCAGUUGUCAUUAACAACGAUAUAGCCUUGCUGCAGUUGACACGAUCAGCUAAAAAGACUUCCUUUGUGAACACGGUGUGUUUACCUGAUGAGGCCGAAUUGGUGCCAGUAGGAACAAAAUGUUACAUCUCAGGCUGGGGACAGAUGACUCAUCCAGACUCUGCCGCUAUCAAACUCCAACAAGCCCCCAUGCCCGUAGUGUCCAACCGCGACUGCCAAGCCAAGCAUACAGAUUCAACUGCUAGCAAACCAGGGGAGAGUGCCGUAACCUCCGCCAUGAUUUGUGCAGGAGAUGCAGGCAAGACAAAGAUCAGUGGUUGCUUCGGUGACAGCGGAGGGCCCUUUGUCUGCGAAAACUCCGCUGGGCAGUGGGUGCAGCAAGGUAUUGUGAGCUGGGGGGACACCACCUGUUCUUCAAAAGCUCACUUUACCGUAUUUGCUCGAGUGAGCGUAUUUAGGAAGUGGAUCGAGGACCAAUUAAGCGAGUAAAUUGGCUACGUCGACCGAAAACACCGCUGAUAUAUUUGUUAAGUUAAAACUGAUGCAUAUUUAAAGAAUAGCUUGAUAUUCGAAUAAUAAGAUUGAAAGGAUUAAAGCGAUGGAUCAGCCGA